AAUGACGUAAAUAGCCGGUGCCUCUAAAGUAGAGUGACCUUCGCACGUUCACCAGAAAGCGCUGUUCAGCCGAAGGAGGUGCAUCUCUUCUGCUUCCCGGAGGUUUUUCACCGGCACGUUUUAGCCGAAAGAGCUCAUCAUGGGUGACGUUGACAAAGGAAAGAAGGUUUUCGUCCAGAAGUGCGCUCAAUGCCACACCGUGGAGCAGGGCGGCAAGCACAAGGUGGGCCCCAACCUGCACGGCCUGUUCGGGCGCAAGACCGGCCAGGCGGAGGGCUACUCCUACACGGAUGCUAACAAGAGCAAAGGCAUCGUGUGGGGCGAGGACACCCUCAUGGAGUACCUGGAGAACCCCAAGAAGUACAUUCCUGGCACCAAAAUGAUCUUCGCUGGCAUCAAGAAGAAGGGCGAGCGCCAGGACCUCGUCGCCUACCUCAAGUCGUCGACAUCGUGAAGACCCCGAGAAAGGGCGACCGCAAAUCUGAAUAUUUAAUGUACUCGUUUAGGUUAUUCUCAGCUCCGUGCGUGUUCAGUUCCUGCUUCUUAUGUUUAGUCAUUUGUACAGAAGGUGUAUUUAUUUCGCACGCGUCGGCGGAGGAGGGGGAAGAACGGUUCUGAGGGGGUGGGGGGGGGUCGUACAAGUGACCAAACAUAACACCGCAGCUCUUCUUCUUUGUGGAUCUGUCCUAAUAAAUGCUAAACUCUUUUAAAUCUAACUUUUGCCAUGAUAGGUGGCCUGACCUGUCAUUCAUUCUGUUCUCCGUGGCGACGGUUCAUCUCACAUACUGUAGCUAUCAGCUAAUAAUGUGUUAGAGGGGUCGGGACAUCUGAUGGGGCUGUUGGUGUCCGGGGGAGGGGGGGGGGGGUCUGAGGGAAGCCGUCACCUUAAACGAGCGCUCUAAGGUGGCCGCACGCCCAACUCUGAGGGUCCGUUCCAGCAGAAGAGCCCCUCCUCCGAGCUCCCGUUUUUAACUCCUGCCUGGCGUCCGGUUUGACGUCCGAUGAAGAAUGGAAUAAUGCUAAGGGUCUUGAUAUCUGCCUCUUCACAGCGGAGAAUUGUGAGUGUUUUAAAUAUCUUAUCGCGGCCUUUUUAAAAAACCCACCAACGAUGCUCAGAGUGUGAAAUCAGCUGGCAGACGAGGGCCACGCCCGACGACGCUCCAGAGCUUCUGCUCUCAGGAGAAACCACCAAGGGUCCCAUCUGGAUGGACAGACUCUACCCACCUGGUUUCACAGGCUGCCACAGUGUCGGUUUCAUUUAUCUUACUGUAUUCGGUGCUCUAACGACGGGGAUGUAGCUGUGCUGUUUGGUUUUGGACAGAAAGGUUGAAAGGUCAAAAUAAAAACUCCAGAAGCAAAACGA